AAAAAAAGAAAGAAACGAAAAGAAAAGAAAAUUCAGGGGGAACUUAAUUACGCCGCUCGCUCCAAAAAAGGUGAAGCAACGAAGGGGAAAAAAUGAAGAAAAGGCGAAUCCCUAAAUCCGUUGCUUCCUCAUUUACUAUUCUCCCUUUUGUUGCCGAUUUCCUUUCCCCCUUUAUUUUGUCUUCGUUUUGGGGGAAAGGACCUGCCGCCCCUCGGAAAUAGUGGGAGCAAGGGGAAGAAAAAGAGGGGAAGAGGGUUUUCGUUUUCUUCGACAGAUUUUUAGGUCUAGGGUCUGAUCACCGGCCGGCCGGCGGUUUUCCGGCGAUAGCAGUCGGAUAGGCUCGAAAUGGCGGAGGAGGAGGCGAAGCAGCGGGAGGUGGAGGUGGUCAAGAGCGGGGAGCUCCUCUUCUGCGGGGGUACGAAUUGGGACGCGAUGGGCCGGAAGAAGGACGCCACCAGCUCCGCGAACCUGGUGUCGCCAACGAGGCUCAGGCCGUUGCUCGGGGUCAACAUUUGCUUCGUUGCGUCCGGAUGCGCUUCCUGUCACUGUGUUGCUUUGGAUGUCCAUGGACGUUGUUACACAUGGGGCAGGAAUGAGAAGGGACAGUUGGGGCAUGGGGAUCUCAUUCAGCGUGAUAGGCCCACUGUAGUAUCUGAACUUUCUAAAUAUAAAAUUAUUAAAGCUGGUGCUGGGAGGAACCAUACUGUGGUGGUCACUGAACAUGGCGAUUCAUUUUCUUUUGGUUGGAAUAAGCAUGGGCAAUUAGGGUCAGGUUCCACAAAAAAUGAAAUUGAGACGUCUCCUGUUCGCUGUCUUGCUUCUCAAGUGACAAAUGCUGUUUGUGGGGCUGACUUCACAGUGUGGCUUUCUUCAAUUCAAGGAUCAACCAUACUAACUGCUGGCCUUCCUCAGUAUGGACAGCUUGGCCAUGGGACUGACAAUGAGUACAAUUUGAAGGAUGCAUCAGUUAGACUUGCUUAUGAACCACAGCCUCGUCCACGAGCUAUAGCUUCACUUGCUCAGAAAACCAUUGUAAAAGUUGCAUGUGGGACAAAUCACACAGUUGCAGUUGAUUCAAAUGGCUGUGUUUACACGUGGGGAUUCGGUGGAUAUGGAAGGUUGGGACACAGGGAGCCGAAGGAUGAAUGGAUUCCUCGCCUUGUUGAAACUUUUCAAAGACAGAAUGUACUACCUCCCAAUGCUGUUGUUUCAGCUGGUGCUGCUAAUUCUGCAUGUACUGCUGGUGGAGGGCAGUUGUACAUGUGGGGCAAGCUGAAGGUUACUGGUGAUGAGUGGAUGUAUCCCAAGCCUCUUAUGGACCUGAGCGGCUGGAACAUUCGCUGCAUGGACUCGGGAAACCUGCACCACUUUUGUGGUGCUGAUGAAUCCUGCAUAAGUUGGGGAAAUGCCCAAUCUGGGGAGCUGGGUUAUGGACCAAUGGGCCAAAAAUCCUCUGCAAACCCCAAGAAGGUUGACAUUUUAGAGGGAAUGCAUGUUAUUGAUGUUGCUUGUGGCAUGGGUCAUUCUUUGAUUGUAGUAGAUAGAGAAAAUGUUGCAGAUCGGUUGGAUCAGCUGGAAAUUUACGAUGGUGAGACACCCAGCGAAGCUGAAGCUGAAACAAUUGCAAGCAAAGAACUGUCAACCAAAAAAACUGCUAAAAAGGCUCUUGCAAGCACUGCUGGCAAGUCCAAGAAACGGGAGAAGGCCAAAGAUGAUUCAGAUGCUGAAGAUGAGGAAAGUAAUGAUGGUGCCAGUGAUGAUGAGAAUGGCUCAGUUGAUGGCAAGGCAAAGAAGUCACGCCGGGGUAACACUUCAAGUCGAGGGCGUGGAAGGACUCCAUCAAAGGCUUCAGUCGAGAAGAAAAGCUCUGGGCGAAGCCAGGGUCAUGGUAGAUCUGCCAAGAGAGGUAGGGCCAGAAAGUGAUGGCCCUGUAAGCCGAAUGUAGUUUUUUAAUUACUUUGAUCUUACUGCUAGCAUUCUCUUUUUCUUCAUCCUCUUUUUAUUUUCUCAUUUUGGUUAUUUUUGCAUCAAGAUGCUACUGCAUUUGGUCAUUUAUUGGAAUUUAUCUAAUGUAAUUUAUUCCUUUGUCUUCA